AUGGUAUUACACACCAUAUAUCUCACGAGGCAUGGCUUUAGAGCAAAUUGGUCUUCUGAACCCCCUAAAGCCCAUAGUUCCGGUCGGAUCCCCCCAGAUACUCCACUCUCGACGUACGGGGAACAACAAGCCCAGGAACUGGCAGCCCACCUUCUCCAGGUAGAUCCGCGCCCAGAUAUCAUAUACUCAAGUCCUUUCUACCGUUGCAUUCAAACCGUCCAACCUUCCAUUGAUUCUUAUGCCGCCCGCAGCGACGACGACGGCCAAAUUUGCGGUAUUUCCAUUCCUAUUCAUGGCGAGCCUGGAUUAGGCGAAUGGUAUGGAGCAAGCAGAACAUCGGACCCUCAGCCUGCGCCUCCAAAAACUCUCCAAAGCUACUUCACAAACUUCUCUCUCGACUAUGAACCAAUUUGGACGCCAUCCCCAGCUGGGGAAACCAUUCUGGAACUACACGAGCGGGCAGCUUUCACGCUAGCCUGCAUGAUCCGAGAUCUGGACACUCAUCCUGAUGGGCCGAAGUGUGUGCUAAUAUGUACGCAUGCGGCGACUUUCAUGGCGGUAUCCCGAGCGCUCACGGGUUUCUUCCCUGAGGACAUCACAGUUCAAGAUUUCCACCCUUGGACGGCUGGGCUAUCGAAGUUUGUCCGGCGGGACGUGGGCGAAAGCACAGCACAGAGAGUUAAGAAUGAAAAUGACGAACUUCCGAAGGUGGAUUGGAAGGGCGGCAAAGGCGUUGGUGGGGGUUGGGAUUGUGUUGUUGAUGGCGAUUGUACCUUUCUAAGCGGUGGAGAGGAGAGAGGCUGGCGGUUUUCUGGGAGGGAGUCCUUCAGCCACGCAGUUACAGCACAUGGUGUGGAUGCCGGAACUGGUCUUGGGAUCGUUACGGAGAUUGGAAACAAAUCAUUGGGUAAAGAUCAUAGUAGAACUGGGUAA